UCUCGCUGGCACACCGCAUGCCGCACGUAUUGUCGUCACUUCAGUGUUACUAGUGCCAGAGUGAGCUCUGUAUCCCCGACAAGCUGUUAUUUUUUACCCCUAAUGUGUAGCACCCUCGCUGUAAACAAUCGUGAAAAAAAAAACACUUCCCGCACUUUCGUUGGUAAAUAGUUUGGUUACGGAUUCAUCUGGACAUUGUGCAUUUUCGGGAAUUAGAGUAAGUUAUAUCAAUUGUGUCGGGUGGUUUGGUGGUAAUAGACGGUGAGAGACAGGAGCUGGAGUGAUAAAAGUUUUAUCCGCCGCAGAAACCGCGCGCUGCGGCGGUGACCCUGACAUUCGUGCGUCGUGCCUCAACGAAGAUCGACGCGCGCCGCCACUCCAGUGCCUGCUCUAUGCCGGUAAUCAUCGGGGACGCUGUCCAGUGUGUUGGUGCGGUUAUAUCAGUCAUAAAUACCUCCAUUAAUCGAGUUUAUUUGGCUCCAGAGAUACAACGAAGAAACGUUAAACUCAGAGCGUAAAUGGUAACCUCAAACAAAAUACCUUGUACGGGUGAGAAACAGUGAAAAACGAGUGCCUGAACUCUGAAGUAUUGCCUCUUUUUGACGAAUUUCAAUAAAUAUCUAAAUUUCCAAAUUGCCAAAUUUUCAAAUUUUCAACAAACACUGUUCCCCUCUGACGUUUUAUUAUCACCCAGUGGUGAGUGUCCGUUGAAUGGGAGAGAAACGUGGAGUGAUAGUGAGAGAGAGACAGGUCCUCCAGUAUCUGCGAGGUCUGACAGUGCUAACAAUCGAUCGAGCCCUUGAUAUUGCUAACGUGAUAGUUGGAUCGUGGUGAUAAGUGUCGAGUGGUCAUGGCACCAAGGCGCCACGCGGGUAACGGUCACAUCGGUGGGCUUUUGGAGGUGGCAGGCAAUCACGAGACGAUGGAUAAUUUUGCCAAUGGUCCGAGUAUCAUGGGUAUAACUCACUGCUGCACACCGACUGGUGAGUGUCUGAGAAAUGACAAUCCAAUUCGUAUGAAUGUUCUUCAGGAUGUGGUUAAAGUGACUUGCAACAAUGAUAGUUGUCCGAUGGGUCAGUACAUGCAUCGUGAGUGCUUUGAUGCUUGGGAACAGACAGUUCUCACGUACUUGAAGAACUGUGGAAGGGCUAGGAGUUGGUCUGAGCGUCAGCGUCAUCAGAAUCUGUGGACGAAAAAGGGUUAUGAUCUGGCUUUCAAGGCUUGUGGCUGUCGUUGUGGUCGAGGACAUCUCAAGAAAGAUCUCGAUUGGAUGCCACCGGGAAUCAAUGCCACUGGGUGCAGGAGUGAUGAGGCUGAGGCUAAGAAGAAGAAAAGACGCAACCGUCAGAAUACCAGACCGAGUCUUGCUGUUUCCGCUGGACCACCUCACGGCAAUCAUGCCAAUCGGGCCAGUGAAGCACAAUUGAUCGAGUCCAGGGGAAGGGCUGGAUCAUUGUCUUCCAGCAAUGGAUCGUGCUCACCACCAGCUACCAGUGAGACCAGUGUCAGUCCACUUCAUCAGCCACAGAUGCUCGUCAAGAAGAAAAGCAGAGUCGAAUUUUUCGGGGAUCAUAGGCUUCGUCAAAGCUGCGGAGCGAAUGGUAUUUUUUCUCGUCGUCUGGAUUUCAGUGCAUUCAACAGCCUGCCCAAGACCAAACUCAACUCGUAUCAUAUCAAGAUUGAGGACGAAGGAAAUCACGGAAAUGACGACACGAGGUGCUUCAUACUGUCGACACUUGCUGCACUGCAAUGGUCAAGAGUAUCGUGUGUGUUGUGCAGAGCGGCGAUGCUAGUCUUCGACAGGUAUCCACUGGUGGACGGUACCUUUUUUCUGUCGCCGCGCCAGCACUCACACUCCUGCGCUGAGGUGAAGGUCGAAGGUCGCACGCAAUUUUUAUCGGCAGUGUGCAUGAGCUGCUUGGAGGGCAGUGGAUCGUCCCCAGUGCGAUGCCGCACCUGCACCCAACCGUGGGAUGGAUCGAGUCUUGUCUUGGGGACGAUGUACAGUUAUGAUAUUUUUGCUGCCAUGCCGUGCUGCACUGAACGUCUGAAGUGCAACAGCUGCCAGAAACCGCUGAUCCACCCCCACCAGCGAUUGAACUUUUACUCUGACUACAGUCGUGUUUUUGCGUGUCCCCAUUGUCGCACUGUUGAUGCACAUUUCGUAAAACCACUGUCAGCAUGCUUCACACGUGAACAAUUUCAAUUGUACAGCCAGUGGCCGUAACCACUAGAGAAGCUAGGUGGUUGCCGGUGUAAUAGAAUCAACGAAAUCAAUGACGAUGAUGAAUGUUUUAUCAAAUUAGCUGAAAUUCUAGCACCCGGAUUAUUAUCUAUCGAUAAAAGUCACAUAACGCCCAGUUGCAGUCGAUACGAGCGUACGAGUCAGAUAGCUCGGCGUUAAUUAUCGAUUACUUUCAUUUCACCAUUCUAAUGGACACCAGAGACGAUGGAGUUGGGCUUGGGAUGGAAUACGUGGUCUCUGGGGAUUUAUUCGGGGUCAAUUAUCCCUCGGUGAGGGGGACAAAGUGCUCCAGGAAGCCUCAGAAAUUCUGCCUGUAUUCCCUCGGAUUAUAUCGACUGCAAUACCAUCUCGUUUUUUCAUCAUCACAAUUCGAAAAAAUUGCUUACACUUACACAGAGAAUAAAUAAUCCUUCUUUUAAGAGGAAGGAUAAAUGUUCCUUUUUUUUUGCCUGUGUAAGAAGUGAAUUUGGCAUCAGUUAAUGGAAAAAGCUCUGAACAAAAAGAUUCGGAAGAAAAAUUUUCGAAAAGCGGCACUUUAAUUUUCUUUGCCGCAUAUAUAACAAUAUAAAAACUUUAAAACUAAAAAUGAAAGUGUUCUUGAUUCAAUGUUCAAUGAAAUCCUUGAAUCACGGACACAUUUCCUUGGAAAUAUGUGAAUUUUGCUUGAACCUAGUGUAGAAAUGAAUAGUAAUGUCUUGACUGGUGUCUGUCAAGAAAAUGUCAAAAGUUCUCUCUUACUACAAGAGAAAAGUAAUUGAAAAUAAUAAAAAAAGUCACUUGUUUCGAAGAUUUCUGACCUUUGGAUUUUAAAACCACUUGAUUUUUUCCCUUGAAAGAAGAAUUAUCAUUUUCUGUGCUCACGAGUCGGACUAAAAUCAUAACUCAUCACUUUUUAUAUACCCAGGACCCGAGUAGAGAUACACCCCAAACCGACUUAUCGUCAAUUAUUCUCCUCUGAAACAUCUGAAUCCACUAGAAUGAUGAAAUUUUAAUGAAACAAGCACACGCCCCUUUACAUGUAUUAGUCCAAUUACGCAUAUUGAUUGAAAACCUGAAAAUAGUGUAAGUAAAAAAAAACAAAAAGGCAGAAAAAACUAUUGAGAAACAACUUAAUUUACAUUUGUAUUGAAAAAAAGAAAAUAAUGAAACACUUUUGUUAGGGGGAAAGAAAUACUAUUGUUUGUUAUUUAGAUAAUCGAUAAACAUUGUUUUCUUUUUUAACAUUUUAUUAGUUUAAUGGUAAUGAAGGAUUGAAAAUAAUAUUGUCUAGGCGGCCAUGUUGUUUUGUUUGAGGUUGCGACAGUUUGUCGUAGGUUUUUGUCCCGAAAAAAAUUGACAUUUUCUUCGUUUUCUUUCCAAUUUAUAUGGAUUUUCCUCGCCAAUUGGCGUGCUUCGAGAGCCAUUGGAGAAGGGAAAAUAAAAAUAUUCCGCUUUUUUCCCUCUCGUUUCAAUAGAGCUGUGAAACUCAAUGCCCCUCGGAACAGCGCGGAGAGGAGGAAAAUAAACACCCAAGCAUAUGCAAUACGUGGUAUACAUAUGUAGAAAUGGAGAGUACUCGAGUAUCUCAAGAAUUCACGCGUUUCUUUUCUUCUUUUUUUUUACUUCGCUCUUUCGUUCCUUUCGUUCACCUUUUUUUUUUCUAGCGAUGCUGGUCGUUGCUGCAUACCCAAUAGCGGCCGUCCCGCUGAGUACUAAAGUUAAUGACCGUAUGUGCGUGGUUUUUAUUCACACCCGGCUCCCAGAUAGGAUUUUUCGUUCGCCUAUGUUUUCAUUCGCCUAAGUUUCCAUUUUGGAGAGAGAGGGAAUUAUCGGUAAGGAGAACGAGUUACGUUUGAGAGAAAUAUCUGUGAACUUAAGGAAAGUAGCGGAAUUCUUGUAAUAACCUUUUUUUUUCUAGCUUUCCAUUAGUUCUGAAAAGAAAAGAUUAUUAUGAAAAUGUAUAUAUCAGUCCUAAAUUGCGAUUAGUUUAUCUCUGCGCUGCUGAAUUGUAUUGAGACCGAGUGAUUCUAUACAAACAUGACGUAGGAAUUAAUCAUUAAAAAUUCACAUUAGUAUUUCUCCAAAACCUCUUAUGUCCGAGAUAAUCGCAGUUUCGGAAAGUCAACGAAAAACGUAACGUUUCUUUCUCUUGGAAAAAUAUUUACAAAUGUAUACAAUAGGCCCCAAUUUUAUAUUGCAAAGUAUAUAUUUCUAAUAGUGUAUUUUCUCUCUCUCCUUUCGCCCCAGAAAAUAGUCAAGUAAUUUUUGCCGCAUCACUGAAUUAUUAAUUUUCUCACAGUGCCAAAUACCCUAGAUUUUUUCUUCUGAUUAAUUUGUUAAUAAUCACCCCCUUGCAUUAACAUUCGCCUCAUUUUGCGGCGUAGCUGUCGCGACAAUAUUCCUAACAAUAUGUUAAUUAGAAAAUGGAAAAGAAUUAAAGACGCGGUAAUCGAGACUGAUAAAUACUCCCUACCCGUUUUCAAUUUACCCACCAAAACACUUAAGUGUUUCGCAUAGAUUUCGAGACUCAAAUUUGUAUAAAAAAAAAAUAUAAAUUCCAGUUAAAAUUAGUCGACCCAAUCGUCGCCCCUUCGUUCUCUUAUACUUCAUUUGAAAUUAAUAUAUUGAUAUACCCAAUAUUUAGAAAAAAAUCUGAGUUUGUCGUUUUUGUAUUCUAAGGAUAAACUAAUAUUCUAGCGUAACAUAAUGAGCUAAUCGUGUAUAGAGGACGUUUACGUAAACGUUAAGAUUUUUUCUAGGCAGGGAUCCAUUUAACUUUAAGAAACCACAACUGGGUACUCGGUCGUACUAUUACAGUAAUUGAUGCGAUAAAAAAAAUCAAUUAUUAAAAAAAAAUACAUCUUUCAUUCUAACGUAUCGGUUUCGUCAUUUUAAUGUCCGUCAUGCUUCGGAUGGUAACGUAAUACGAAAUUUAUUUAAAUAUACGUACAAUGAAGUCCUUCCAAUUUGGAGGGAUAAAUAUUCAUCGCAGUAUAUUUUUCACUAUUUACGCCACAAUUUCUUCGAUGAACCCUUUUACCGGUUCCUUGUAGAUUUAGUCCAGUUAAUCAAUGACUGACAAAUUGGAAUAAAUUUAAUCUGCGCAUAUAUUACCAAAAAUAUAAGUCAUGAUGAGUGAAAUUUCCCAGUUUUGAUAAAUACUGAUCUAUCGGAAAACCCAUUGAUCUUAGAAAAAAAAGAGGAAAAAAAUCUUUUCUUGUGGUAAAUUUGAUGAAUUUUUUGAGGGUUUCUCCCUGAAAUCGAGGGUUCUCGAGGCAAAACGAUUUGAUGUAUAGAAUGCAUCAAAAUAAUUGGAAGGACUCCACUGUAAACUCACGUUUAUAUACGAUAAAUAGCAUGCGGAUACCGACGAAAUGGGCGAGAGGAAAAAGUCUGUUCGAAAACGAAGAGCGUAGUAGCGGGGCUAAAUAAUCCAAAAGAGCCAGCACGUAAAAAAUCGUGACAAAAAUUUAGCCGUCCGAUCUCUACUGACGUUUUUAGCGGAUGCUGAAAUAGAGUGUGUGUGAGAGAGCGUGAGCCUCGCUGUCGCGAUAAUCUACUCCCUCGAAUCGAUUUUUCAUCGAUAACAACGAUGUAAAAUACGCGAAGGAACGAUAACCACGCCGGCGAUUCUCUUCCUAAAUAACUAAAUGAUGAUUCAAAUAAAAGAGUAACAAUUUACCGUAUAUUGCUAGAUAAAAUAUAGGGAAUAGUCCUGUAACCGAGGGUGAACGUAUAUUUCUAGAUCAUAAGUUUUAACGAUUAAAAGAAAACUAUCUAGAA